GUGGCUGGGUUCCCGCGCAGGCGCAGAAGUCGGGCGGCGCGCGGCUGGAAGGCGGACAAGUUCACAGGAUGGAGCGAGCGGUGCCACUCACCGUGCCGCUGGGCCAGACAGAGGUGUUUCAGGCCCUGCAGCGGCUGCAUAUGACCAUCUUCUCCCAGAGCAUUUCACCAUGUGGGAAGUUCCUGGCAGCUGGCAAUAAUUAUGGGCAGAUUGCCAUCUUCAGCUUGUCUGCUGCUUUGAGUUCAGAAGCCAAAGAGGAAAGUAAAAAGCCCGUGGUGACUUUCCAAGCCCAUGAUGGUCCCAUCUACAGCAUGGUCUCCACUGAACGACAUCUGCUCAGUGCUGGGGAUGGGGAGGUGAAGGCCUGGCUUUGGGUGGAGGUCCUCAAGAAGGGCUGUAAGGAACUAUGGCAUCACCAGCCCCCAUACCGGACCAGCCUGGAAGUGCCUGAGAUCAAUGCUUUGCUGCUGGUUCCCAAGGAGAAUUCCCUCAUCCUGGCUGGAGGAGAUUGUCAGUUGCACACUAUGGACCUUGAAACUGGGACUUUCACACGGGCCCUCCGGGGCCACACAGACUAUAUCCAUUGCCUAGCACUGAGGGAACGGAGCCCCGAGGUGCUGUCAGGUGGAGAGGAUGGGACUGUGCGACUCUGGGAUCUCCGCAUGGCCAAGGAGGUCCAGACAAUUGAGGUCUACAAGCAUGAGGAGUGCUCACGACCCCAAAAUGGGCGCUGGAUCGGCUGCUUAGCAACUGACUCAGACUGGAUGGUGUGUGGAGGCGGCCCAGCGCUCACUCUCUGGCACCUUCGAUCCUCCACACCCACUACUGUCUUCCCCAUGAGGGCACCACAGAAGCACGUCACAUUCUACCAGGACCUGAUUCUGUCAGCAGGCCAGGGUUGCUGUGUCAACCAGUGGCAGCUGAGUGGGGAGCUCAAGGCCCAGGUGCCUGGCUCCUCCCCAGGGCUGCUCAGCCUCUGCCUCAACCAGCAGCCGGCAGCGCCUGAGUGCAAGGUCUUGACAGCUGCAGGCAAUAGCUGCCGGGUGGAUGUCUUCACCAACCUGGGCUACCGAGCCUUCUCCCUGUCCUUCUGACCUCCGUUGACACCCCCACAUCCCAGGGUUUUAGAGUGUUCUUUUCAUUUUUUAUAAUAAAGUUUCAGGCUUUU